CUUACUCUUUCUGUAUGAUUAUCGAUAUCUGCCACUCCAGCAGCGGCACACACACGAUGAUACGCUAUCAUCUCCUGUUAAGAGACUUUGAAACAGCUUCUCGAAUAAAGCGAUCUAACUUGUGCUCCCAUAUAGUUAAUAGCCCGUAAAAUGUUUAUGCCUAGAGCCCUGAAAGUGAAGAGAACAGCAGACGACGCAAACCUUACUUUGAAGAAGAGUAAAGGUCAAGCUGAUCAGGAUCAGACAAAUGGCGAAGGCAGUUCUACGACGCAUGUUGGCCAAGGGCUCAAAGACGGCAAAGUCGAAGAUACCUCAGUAAAACCAGGCAGAGACCCUGUUGCUGUGGUUGAGAUCCCGUUACAAGAAGGGGGACAGGAGUGUUUUUCAAGUGGUACUGAAGAGGAGGAAGAACCAGUGAAAUCGUUCAAAAAGAAUCAGAGAUGGGCAGAGCCAGGAGAGCCUGUCUGUGUGAUGUGUGGUCGCUAUGGAGAAUACAUUUGUGACAGCACUGACAGUGAUGUUUGCAGUCUGGAAUGCAAAGCCCACCACUUAGCACAAAUGGGCCUAGGGACUAGGGCAGAAGUGUUUAUUCAGAAAGACACAAAUGGAGUCAAAGAAAGUCCUCAAGCAGAAUUCACUCCAACCUUUAUAAAUACAUUUGAAUCAAACUAUUCCUACAAGGAGGAUUUGUUCAUAACAGGGCUAAGUGAUCAGCAGGUGCAGCAUAUUAAACAUGAACUGGGGAUUGAAACCCAGGGGACAGAUGUAAAGAGGCCAAUCAUAGAAUUUGAACACUGUGGCUUCCCUGCUACUCUGAACGCCAACUUGAAGUCAGCCGGUUACGACGCGCCCACACCAGUACAGAUGCAGAUGCUGCCGGUUGGUCUCACCGGCAGGGAUGUGAUCACAAGUGCCGACACAGGGUCGGGGAAGACUGUAGCCUUUCUCCUGCCAGUUGUCCUCAGGGCAAUGAAGGAACAAUCACAGAGUGUGGGGAGCCCGGUGGCACUCAUCUUAACCCCCACCAGAGAACUGGCCAUACAGAUUGAGAGACAGGCUAAAGAGGUGGUGAUUGGCCUCCCUAACAUGAGAACUGCCCUGCUGGUGGGCGGCAUGCCUCUCCCACCUCAGCUGCACCGCCUCAAGCGCAACAUUAAAAUCGUCAUAGCAACCCCAGGGCGACUCCUUGAGAUUUUAAAGCAGAAAGCUGCACAGCUGGAUAAAGUGAAGAUUGUUGUGGUUGAUGAGGUUGACACUAUGCUGAAGUUAGGCUUCCAGCAACAGGUACUAGAAGUUUUAGAGCACGUCCCUGAAGGCCAUCAGACCCUCCUUGCAUCAGCCACCAUCCCGAUAGGGACAGAGGAGCUGGCAGCCAGACUGGUGCGUGAUCCAAUUCGCAUUGCUGUAGGAGAGAAGAACCAGCCCUGUGCCAACGUCAGACAGAUCUUACUGUGGGUUGAGGAACCCUCGAAAAAGAAGAAGCUGUUUGAAAUUCUCAAUGACAACAAGUUGUACCAGCCUCCAGUUGUUGUAUUUGUAGACUGUAAGCUUGGUGCUGAUCUGCUAUGUGAAGCAGUUGCCAAGGUGACAGGACUCAAUACAGUGGCAAUCCACUCUGACAAGAGCCAGUUGGAACGUAACCGCAUCCUCAAGGGGCUUCUGGAUGGUGACUUUGAAGUGGUGAUCAGCACAGGUGUGCUUGGCAGAGGACUCGAUUUGGCUAAUGUCAGAGUGGUCGUAAACUUUGAUAUGCCAAACACCAUGGAUGAAUAUGUCCACCAGGUGGGAAGAGCGGGCCGUCUGGGUCACAGGGGAACUGCCAUCACCUUUCUCAACAACAACAACAAACGUCUGUUCCUGGGGGUGGUGAACAGGGUCAAACCAACAGGAACCAUCCUACCCCCACAGCUCCUCAACUCACCUCACCUCCAUGAGCAGCAAAGGAGAGAAAAACAAGCCAAGUUUGGGCCUGUCAACACACUGGUGAACAAAAAUAACCUAAUCGAUAUUAUUAAGAAACAUGACAGACGAAAAAAAUAGUCAUGCAAAUAAUGGCCCCUCUCUGCUGAGUAAAUGCGCAUUAAAAUAUUGGCAAAAGUAUUGUGUGAAGUCAUUUUUGUAUUUCACCUCAUGUAUGGACUGAUUAGGUUUUACAGAUGCAUGUAAUGAAGAGUGCAGUGGGGGAAAGUGCUGAACUAGUGCUGUAUUUUUUUUUAAUUCUAUUACAUAUUGUACAUUUAUCACAUAGUGAUUAUAAUAACGAUGUAUAAUAUAGUGAUGUAUAAUAAACUUGCCUCAUCCAUAUA